AUGCCCCCCCUCGCCCGCGCGCUCCGGAGCCUCGGCCAGGCGGCGGCCGCGCGGGAGGGCCCUCUCCUCGCGUGGCUCUCCUCGAGGUCGGCCGCCUUCUCCUCCGCGCCGCCGGAGUACGACAUGCCGUCGGUGACGUGGGGCGUUAUCCAGGGGCGCAAGGAGCGCCUCGUCUCGCGCGUGCUGGCGCUCGACUUCCUCCGCUCCGCGGGCGUCUCCGACCCCGCCGGCGAGCUCGAGGCGGUCGAGCUCCCCUCCUCCCUCGAGGUGCUCCAGGAGCGCCUCGACUUCCUCCUCCGCCUCGGCCUCUCCACCGACGACCUCUCCAACUACCCACUCCUCCUCGCCUGCUCCCUCCGGAAGAACGUCAUCCCCGUCCUCUCCUACCUCGAGAAGCUCGGAGUCACGCGCGCCCGCCUCGCCGCUUUCGUCCGCGCCUACCCGGCCUGCCUCCACGCCUCCGUCGCCGUCGACCUCGCUCCCAUGGUCAAGGCGCUCCGUGGCCUGGACGUCGAUCGCCAGGACCUCCCCCGCGUGCUCGAGCGGUACCCCGACGUCCUGGGGCUCAAGCCCGACGGCACAAUCAGCACCUCCGUCGCCUACCUCGUCGGCAUCGUCGGCGUGGCGCCACGAGACAUCGGUCCCAUGGUAACGCACUUCCCUUUCUUCCUUGGCAUGAGGGUUGGCACUACCAUCAAGCCGUUCUGCGACUACAUCACCUCCCUCGGGUUGCCCAUGCGGAUCCUGGCGAGGAUCCUAGAGAAGCGGCCGUACAUUCUCGGCUAUGAUCUUGAGGAAACGGUCAAACCAAACGUGGAGGCACUGCUCAGCUUUGGCAUUCAGAAGGAGGCCCUGCCAUUGGUGAUUGCACAGUAUCCACUUAUACUCGGGCUGCCACUGAAAGCGAAGCUAGCAGCACAACAGUACUUCUUCAACUUGAAGCUCCAGAUCGACCCCGAUGGGUUUGCCCGUGCAGUUGAGAAGUUGCCACAGCUUGUAAGCUUAAAUCAGAAUGUGAUAUUGAAGCCUGUGGAAUUCCUCCGUGGACGAGGGAUCUCCAAUGAGGAUGUUGCUCGGAUGGUGGUCCGCUGUCCUCAGAUUCUACUGCUGCGGAUCGAGCUCAUGAAGAACAGUUUGUACUUCUUUAAGAGUGAGAUGAAGAGACCAAUGAGUGAAUUGUUGGAAUACCCAGAAUAUUUUACUUACAGCUUGGAGUCAAGAAUCAAGCCUAGGUAUAUGAGAGUUACAAGUAAGGGGAUUAAGUGUAGUUUGGAUUGGUUCCUGAACUGCAGUGAUAUGAGGUUUGAGGACAGGAUGCAAGGGGAUUUUAUUGAAGGGGAUGCACCAGGACCUUCGUUUACUAUGGGUGGGAAGCUUCAGAUGCCAGGCAGCCAGCUAGUGUCAGAUGAUGAUAACGAGGAUACCGAUGAUGAGAUUUGGUGGAGGAUAAUCCCAAAGGUCUUUCAUAUCAUGUUUCCCGCAGUAUCAUAUAAGCAAGUGAUAAGACACCAGAACAUGAUUGAUGAGCGUUCUCUUGGCACCAGCUACAGUAGUCUGAGGGCUGCCCUAGCAGCAACUCAGAGGCAUUAUAACGACUCUGAUGGUACUCGGGCACAACCUUUGAUCAUAUGCCCCAGGGAUGAAAGUGGGAGGUCCAUUGACAAUGUGAUUGUUUCAUUGAUUAAUCAAUGCUACUCUAAGACAGGUCAGGGGGUGAUCAUAUAA